AAUUAUUUUCCAUUGCUGUUUCUUUCCCUUUCUUUCUCUUUCAUUCUUUGGUUUCCGCACCUGACCUUCAUUCAUUGCAAACUAGCUUCUUUUUUAGCUUUCUCUCACUUUUACUGAGACCCACCAACCAUUUUAGCCACCUCUUCUUCUUCUUCUUCUUACAAAUAGCUCUUUCUUUUUCUCUUUCUCUUUACAUUUUCCUUCAAAGAUUGGAGUUUUGUCUGGCCUUCACCUUACUUCACUUUUCUUUUUUAUCAUUCUCUCAAUUACUUUCUGGCCCACCUGGGGCAGAAACCUCUACUUGUAAACUACUCUUUUCCUGUUGUAACUCCACUUCUUCUUUUUUUUUUUUGGUUACCGUGGCAUCUGGGUUUUGGUGGGAUUGUGUUACUUGAGGUCUACAUUGGCCUAUCUAUGCUCAUUGACUCUCUUUUGGUUCUAAACAAAGAAGCCCUUUCUUUGCUUCUGUGGUUGCUCAAGGAAGAAGAUCAAGGGGGUUAGAUUAGUUUAGAUCAAUUGCUUUUUUCUUCUUGUUUUUUUUUUUUUUUAAUCUUUAUCUUUUUUGCUGUUUUAUCACUUUACGGUGAAUUUACAUUUCUCUUUUUCUGACUCUUACUUGGAUCAUAAGCGAUUCUUUCUUAUCAGAUAUUCCAUUUGCUCAGAGUCUUUGAUUGGUGUUUUCAGUAAGCUGUAAGCGUGAUGAGUCAUUAAUAGAUUUAUUUAUGCUGUCCUUUUAAUGUAAUUUGUUGAAGUUCAUUUGAGAUAUUGUUUUUUAAAGUAUGUUUAAGAAGCAAAUGAAUUUUUAUUGAUAAUUAAAUGCCCUUCAAUUGUCCUUGGGUUUUCGUUUAGCAUUACAGUGUUCUAAUCGAACCAUUAAGAAAAAUGCAAUCGAACUUGGUUAAUUCGGUAUCAGAUUCCUUUUUUCCUUUCCGUUCCUUUUUCUAUUUGAUUCUUCUCAAUAGGUGCAGUGUAAGCCGAGACUGUAAUCAGUUCAUCCAGAUUAGAUAAAAUGUAAUGUUUUCACUUCUCUUCUCCAUGAGAUUUGAGUGCUAGAAUUAGGAUAAGGAUGCUUUUAAAUGUCUUGCUUGUUUGUGAUGUUUGAAUUUUGGUUUAUUCGAGUGAACUUUAUCAAAAUUGAAAAUUACAAAUUAGAAGUUAAAAAUUUUCAAGACGUGUUAUCAUUUUACAUUGUGUAGACUUACCCUGAAUGUUUCUAAUAUACAGGACAAAAUGUUUUAGUUUUUCAGUUUCAGAAGUAAGAGGACCACAUACAAGUUUCUCUCUUAGUAUCUGGAAGAUCAGAAAUGUCAUCUGAGGGUUCUCUAAAUACUGAAUUAUCAAAGAAGACACAAUUUUUGGGUCUAAAACUAUGGGUUUUGAUUGGUAUAUCUGUUGGUGCAUUUAUAGUUUUGAUUCUUUGUAUCUUAUCUGUGUGGGUUUCAUUUCGGAGGAAAUCUAGAAGAUCGUUAGAUAAGUUCUCCCUCACCCAAAUACCCAAUGUAUCAAAAGAAAUCAAGGUUGACAGAGUUGGGGGUCAGAGUUUUAAUGACCGCCCUGAAAGUUUAUUUCUUAUGGUCCAAGAUAAAUCAAGUGAUAGGAAUUCAGAGAAAAUGCUUGUUCGCAAAUCAAGUGAUCCUGAUAAUAUGAGUCAAUGCAGUUCUAUUUAUCUUCAGGAGAGAGCAUGCAGUUCACAGUCAGGAGAAGAAGGAAGCUCUGGGACUGUUCAAAAGCAUUCUUCAUUGUCUUAUGGUGGACUAGUGACAGCUUCUCCCUUAGUUGGUUUACCAGAAGUUUCACAUCUUGGAUGGGGCCACUGGUUUACUCUUAGAGAUCUUCAAUUGGCAACAAAUCGUUUUGCGGCAGAGAAUGUGCUUGGUGAGGGUGGAUAUGGUGUUGUUUACCGUGGUAGAUUGAUCAAUGGAACUGAGGUAGCAGUGAAGAAGCUUCUGAAUAAUUUGGGACAGGCGGAGAAAGAAUUUAGAGUUGAAGUGGAAGCUAUUGGUCAUGUUCGACAUAAGAAUCUAGUGCGACUUUUAGGCUAUUGCAUAGAAGGAGUUCACAGGAUGCUAGUGUAUGAAUACGUGAACAACGGCAAUUUAGAACAAUGGCUUCAUGGAGCUAUGCGCCAGCAUGGUCCCCUCACUUGGGAGGCCCGCAUGAAGGUUAUUCUUGGUACUGCCAAGGCGCUUGCAUACUUGCACGAAGCUAUAGAGCCUAAAGUAGUUCACCGGGACAUUAAAUCAAGCAACAUCUUAAUAGAUGAUGAGUUUAAUGCUAAGGUCUCUGAUUUUGGCUUGGCAAAGCUCUUGGAUUUUGGAGAAAGUCACAUAACAACCAGAGUUAUGGGGACAUUUGGUUAUGUGGCACCUGAAUAUGCUAAUACCGGCUUGUUAAAUGAGAAGAGUGACAUUUACAGCUUUGGGGUCCUACUACUAGAAGCAGUUACUGGAAGGGACCCUGUGGACUAUGGCCGACCUGCUAAUGAGGUCAAUCUUGUCGAGUGGCUGAAGAUGAUGGUUGGGACAAGAAGGGCUGAGGAAGUUGUGGAUCCAAACCUUGAAGUCAAACCCGCAAUGCGAUCACUAAAACGUGCACUUCUAGUUGCACUUAGGUGUGUUGAUCCUGAUGCAGACAAGAGACCCACAAUGAGUCAAGUUGUCCGAAUGCUUGAAGCUGAUGAAUAUCCAUUUCGUGAGGAUCGGAGGAACAGAAAGAGCCACACAGCGAGUAUGGACAUUGAAUCUGUGAAAGAAUCAAAUGAUAUUGAAAGCAAAGUAGGAGAUUCUGAGAGCUAUAUAUCCGAGUCAACACACGGAUAGAACUGAAACAAGUGACCUGGGCGUUUAUUGCCUUACAUUAAAUUAAAUCUUUUGGUCAUUACUGAUGCAUAAUCAAAUAUCAGAUUUUUGUUUCUUGGAAAGUUUUCCUCAAGUAACACAAAAUGGAUUAGGGAUAGCCCCAUUGGUGUAUGUACAGAUGUGUCUUGGGGACGGGUGUGCUGUCUUUCAUACAUAACCACAUGUUUUUCUUCUUGGUUUGUUUUUGUUUUUUGUUUUUACUUGGCUACUGUUCUUUGACUGAUUAUAUUAUACUACUUAUUCCGGUGUCA